UGCCUUCCCAUCUUGUCACAAUGUACCUCCGUUGCUUGCUUCUUGCGUUCCUUCCACUAGCUUUGGGAGCCUCUCCUCAGGAGUAUUUUGGCGAACCUUCGCGUACUUCUCCGUUAGCAGCAUGUCCACCACUUCCACCACGCGCCAGUCCACCAGACAGUGUGUACGACUUGCGAGUUGACGAUAUUAAAGUAAUCGCUGCCUUGGGUGAUAGCAUAACGGCAGGAUUAGGGGCUAAAGGGAUCGUUCGAGGUGACCCACCGUCUUUUGAGAAUACUAUGGAAGAUCGAGGAGUUUCCUUUUCCAUGGGCGGCGACCCAGCUGCAUUGACCCUCCCUAACCUAAUUCAGCAUUAUCGCCGGGAUCUUGUUGGGGCCAGUACGGGAAGUCAUUUGGCGGAAAUAUGCUACGGACCGUGGUGCCCACCAUUUCAAUACCGUCCAUCUGACAAUAUGAAUGCCGCGCAGUCUGGGGCAAUGACUUCCAAUCUAGAGUAUGAGUUGACAUACCUCAUAACCCGUCUUCGUACGGACCAGGCAGUUGACUUUGAAAAUGAUUUCAAGCUCAUAACAAUAUUCAUCGGGAAUAACGACGCCUGUUUCGGUUGUGAGCCCUUCUCAGGUCACACAUAUUUGUCACCUGAACUUUUCGAAAUGGCAAUUCGUGCAUUAUUGGAAAAGAUACGUUUCAAUGUGCCACGAGCGGUGGUGAAUCUCAUGAUGGGCUUCAAUGUCUCUCAAGUAUGGGAUCUGACCCACGACGAUCCUUAUUGCAGCAAACUGAGGAACUCGGGGCUUGUCUUCGAAUGCACAUGUGCAUUUCUUUCUCCCAUCCUACGGACGUUGAUGGACACAUUAAUCCAGUCCUAUAACGAUCGUCUUGCUAGCAUUAUGAAAUCCUAUCAAAACAGACAGGAUCCAGGAUUCGCAGUGAUAGUCGAUCCGCUAUUGAAGAAUAUCCGCAUACAGGAUUGGACUUUGGAACAUCUAAGUAAUGUGGAUUGUUUCCAUCCAGCGGUGCAAGCGCAUGAGGUGUUAGCCAAAGGAGUAUGGUAUAAUUUGUUUCGCAGCAGCGAAGAUAAACUCAACGUGGUCGCCCCAGACGACGAAUUACCUAUUUGGUGUCCGACAAAUGAGUCGAGAAUUAUGAUGACAUGACGCAAAAUAUAUGAAAUAAUUGUCGAUAUUUACAAAUUAAAUGAUGAUCCCCUAAACCCUUCG